UCAAAAACGAAGAGAUUCGAAAACGGAUUAGUGUGGACGUAGCCUACCUUCCCAAUGCGGAUACCUCUCUAAUAUGAAUACCUCCCUAAAAGAGACACCUCUCUAAUACGGACAGUUCUCUCAUACAGACACCUCUCUGAUAGUGUUAAUGUGUAUUCUAUGCGAGGUACAUGUAUAUAAUUACGCUUUAUUCUUCCUUAUUCAGAAAUUGAACGCCUUCUGAGAGACGAAAAGAUUUAUGUGGAGUUCAAGUAUGCCUGGCACUUCCUUUUAUCAAGGCUUGAUAUUUUCAGCUAUGAAGCGAAAGUAAAAAUGGUAGACGUCUGUUUAAAACAUGGAGCGAAGCCAAGCAACAGGGGAGGUCCUGGGGUAUCUGGCCUAAUGCUAGCGUGUGAGAAGCUAAAUGAUCUUUUUAUGUAUCCGCCUGUGGUGGAACAGAUGGUGUCGUUACUCUUGGAGCACGGAGCUGAAGUGAAUCAGCAGGAUUUUUAUGGGCGUACUGCGCUUCACUAUGCAUUUAAAUGCAUACAUGACAAUCAUCUUUUUCUAUUAAAAAACCUUGCUCAAAAACAACGUAUUGUUAAAAUCCUUAUUCAGCACAACGCAAACAUUUAUCUAAGAGAUUCGUCUGGGCUUUCCGCCAUUGAUAUGGCUAAGCGUGAGGAACACGAAUCUUGGUUAAAAACCGACGAAGCAUCAUUGACAGGGACAUGAUCGAGAUCCUGCUCCGAAGAAAACUAAAGCCAGCUUCAAUCUAAACUAUAGUCCCUUAUUCAAAAGAAAGCAGGACUCGUACGAGAAACUCUUUGUCUCUGGAAAACUUACAUCUGUAUUACUUGGAACCCACAAAAUAACCUUAGCAACCAACGCACGUAUGAACUUUCAAUUACGUACACUGAAUCGUUAAAUUUAAAAGACUUUCUAUACCAUCCACGCUAUACCGUAUUUAUCGUCGUAAGUCAGUUGUUGUAUGUAAAUGGCAAACAUAUAAGUAAUUUUACUUAUAUGUGUAGGUAAUAGUAUGGUUUCCAGAGCAACUUGUCUUUAAUAAUAAAUAUAUGAUUGUUGAACCAACAAGCUUACUGUUAAAAAUCCUUAACUCAUUACUGACAAAACAUAAUACAUUGUCAACCUAGCCCCCC